AUGAAGAAAAUGAUGAGGGAUAAUGCCAUGGUUAGGAGAAUCUCUGCUUGUGAGACAAUGGGGUCGGCAACAACGAUCUGCACUGAUAAAACUGGUACUCUUACAAUGAAUGAGAUGAAGGUGAGUGAGGUUUGGGUGGGAAAAAAGCUAAUAGCAGAAGGUGGGUAUUUGGCGCCGGGUUUAGUCCAAUCAUUGAAGGAAGGAAUUGGGCUGAAUACCACUGGAAGUGUUUACCAACCCCAAGAAAUUUCUCUGCCUGAAAUCUCAGGUAGUCCUACUGAGAAAGCGUUGCUUUCUUGGGCGGUGAUGGAUUUGGGGAUGGACAUUGAUGAAGUGAAGCAGCAUUGUGAGAUAAUUCACGUGGAGACGUUUAACUCUGAGAAGAAGAGAAGUGGGGUUCUGAUAAGGGAGAAGAGAGGAAGCAACAUGGUGCAUACACACUGGAAAGGUGCUGCUGAGAUGAUAUUGGCAAUGUGUUCAAAUUACCAUGACAACACAGGGGAAAUCAUGAUCAUGGGUGAUGAAGAACGAGCACAAAUUGGGAACAUUGUGAAGAACAUGGCUACAAAGAGUUUGCGAUGCAUUGCCUUUGCCCAAAAGAGUUCCAACGAGAAGGUCUGUGAAAAGCUUGAAGAGACAGAACUAACACUGUUGGGAAUACUUGGAUUGAAAGACCCUUGUAGGCCUGGAGUGGAAGCAGCAGUUGAAUCAUGCAAAAAUGCUGGAGUGAAGAUCAAGAUGAUCACGGGAGAUAAUGUGCACACAGCGAAGAUGUUUGCGGGCACUGAGAGAUUGAGUUGGGGCCAAUGGGGUGUUUGUGUUGCCAUUGGAGCUUUGUCUUGGCCAAUUGGCCUGCUUGUGAAGUGUAUCCCUGGCCGUCCCAGCAAGUAG